GUAGCAUGAGCUUCUCGGCCGGCAUUCUUAAACCACGUUGCUCUCUCUGUCUCUCUCUCUACCAGCCAGCCCUGGCGACGAACCCGAGCGUUGCAUGCGGCGAAGACUUACCCUCCAUGUCUGUCGCCUCCAUUCGCCAGCCCCAGUGGACUUCGCACCGCCGCCUCCUCGAGCAGAAGGUCGCCGAGCUCCACCGGUGCUCCGACCACCACCACCUGCGGCAAAUCCAAGCUCAAAUCCUCAAGGCUGACCUCCACCGCGACCCCUUUGUCGCUCCCAAGCUCAUUUCUGCUUACUCCCUCUGCCGCCAGAUCCUCCCCGCCGUCGCUGUCUUCCGCCAGGUCCCUCAUCCCAACACCCAUCUCUUCAACGUCCUCAUCCGCGCUUUCGCCGACAACUCUCAGUCCUCCCGGGCCUUCACCACCUUUGCCCAGAUGCAGAAAUGCGACGCGUUUCCCGAUAAGUUCACGUACUCGUUCCUACUCCGGGCCUGCUCUGGUCCUUCCGCCUUCGCCCGCGUCCAAAUGAUCCACUCCCACGUCCUAAAGCUAGGAUUUUUAUCGGAUAUCUUCGUCCCUAAUGCGCUCAUUGAUUCAUAUGCCAAGGCUGGCGUUGCCACCAUCGCCGACGCUAAGAAGGUCUUUGAUGGAAUGCCACAGAGAGAUGUUGUGUCUUGGAAUUCAAUCCUCGCUGGCUUGCUGAGAGCUGGAGAGCUGAAGGAGGCACGUCAGCUUUUCGAUGAUAUGCCUGAGAGGGACAUUAUCAGUUGGAACACUUUGCUGGAUGGGCUUGCCAAGGCUGGCGAGAUGGAUCAUGUUUUCAACUUGUUUAAUAGAAUGCCGGAGAGAAAUGUUGUGUCAUGGUCGACGGUGGUGUCAGGAUAUUGCAAGGCAGGAGACCUGGACAUGGCGAGGAUGCUGUUUGAUAGGAUGCCGGUCAAGAACUUGGUCACUUGGACUAUAAUGAUAUCUGGUUAUGCUGAAAAGGGACUGUUGAAAGAGGCUUCUGUGUUGAUUGAUCAGAUGGAAGAAGCAAGAUUGGAGCCUGAUGUUGCUGCAACCGUGAGUAUAUUGUCUGCUUGCGCUGAGUCCGGCUUGCUAGGUAUCGGUCAACGGAUCCAUUCCUAUGUAAAAAGAAGCAAAUUGAGGUUUGUCACCCAUGUGUGCAAUGCGCUGAUCGAUAUGUAUUCGAAAUGUGGGUGUCUUGACAAGGCAUGGAGUGUCUUUAAAGGAAUGGUCGAGCGAGAUACGGUUUCCUGGAAUUCUAUAAUUCAAGGGUUAGCCAUGCAUGGGCAUGGAGAGAUGGCUCUUGCUCUCUUUGUUCGGAUGAAGAGAGAAGGCAUCAUGCCCGAUGGUGUGACAUUUAUCGGUGUUCUAUGUGCUUGUACACACAUGGGACUCAUCGAAGAGGCUCGUUGUCACUUUUACAGUAUGGAAAGAGACUAUGGCAUUGUCCCUGAGAUAGAGCACUAUGGUUGUUUGAUCGAUAUCUUAGGACGCGGAGGACUUCUAAAGGAGGCAUUUGACCUUGCAAAGGCCAUGCCUUUAGAGCCCAAUGCAAUCAUAUGGGGCAGCCUUUUAGGUGCAUGCAGAGUGCAUAACAAUGUAGAUCUUGCUGAAGAGGCAGUCGAUCAGUUGACAAAAUUGGAAAUUUCGGAUGCUGGGAAUUAUGCCAUUUUGUCAAAUAUUUAUGCAGCUGCCAGGCAUUGGGAAGGUGUGGCAAAGGCUAGGAUUCAGAUGAAAGGUACAGGGCAGCAGAAGCCAGCAGGGUCCAGUUGGAUUGAGCUUGAUGAUAUGGUUCAUGAGUUUACGGUUGGGGAUAGAAAGCACCCAAAAUCUACUAGAAUUUUUGAGAUGCUUGAUAAGUUAAGCCAUCAUAUCAAGCAAGUUGGCUAUGUUCCGAAGGUAGCUUGCUUGUAUAACGCCUAA